AUGACUCAAAAGGUUAUCCUACUAAAAAAUCCAAGCACACCAAAAGACCCCUACAAUGACUUAUUCCAAUCCCAAUCAAAUUAUAAUCCUGUAUUCAUACCUUUAUUAUCUCAUACUCAUUCACCAGAAAAAGAAACCACUAUAAAAUAUCUACAAUCUUAUGAAUUUUUGAACGAUAUCUCAAUUUUUAUAAUCACUAGUCAAAGAGCUGUAGAAAUGUUAGGAGAAUGUAUAUCUGAACUAUCAUCAGAAAUUAAGCACAAAAUAUUUGAAAAAAUAGGGUAUACAGUUGGACCAGCAACUUAUAAAAUUCUAAAAGAAAUUGGAUUCACGAAUGUGAGAGGUGGAAUUGAUGCAGGAAAUGGAUUAAAACUUUCAGAAAUUAUAAUUAACGAAAUUUCAAAAUCUACAAAUAUUGUUUUUUUUACAGGUGAAAUUAGAAAAGAUAUCAUACCUAGAAAAUUAAUUGAAUCAGGAUAUUUGAAUUUUAAAGAAUAUGUAAUGUAUAAAACUGAAGAACAACCAAAAAUAAUUGAUAAUUUUAUUGAACAAUUUUCAACUAGUUCAAAUGGAUGGAUUGUAUUUUUCAGUCCUCAAGGUACUUCUAAAAUCAUAGAAUAUUUAAAAAUUAAAGAAAAAGAAGAGAAAAUAUUUCAAAAUUGGAAAUUAGCUAGUAUUGGACCAACUACUGAAGAAUAUUUAAUACAAGAACAUGGAUUGGUGCCUAAAGUAAUUGCUAAGAAACCUGAUGCUUUUAAUUUAGUUGAUGGGAUUCUAAAAUUUGACAAUCAAGAGAUGAAAACAGAGUAA